GUAGCUGUUCAGGAUAUUGAGAUGGGGUUUGAGAAGAUUGUAAAGAUAGCACACUCUCGCGGAGCAUGCAAGCAGCAAGAUAUCAUAUCAAAACUGAGGACUGAGGUCGGUGUAGAUUAUAUUCUACUUGAAUUAGUAAAGACAAUUCAAUAUCUAGUGCUCAUGUUUUUUUACAUGAGUUUUAAUCACGUCUCCCUCUUUGGGGAUCUUGUUGAAGAGGAAGAGAUCAGUACAAGUCAUGGAUGCUUUUCGAAGGGUCAUGUCUUCUGUACCAGGCCUUGAUGAUCAUGAUGCAAAUUCGCUAAAUCAAGCUAUUGGUUCAAUUGAGGCAAUCGCCAAAGCAUCGAAGGAGUACAUUUUGGAGAACACAGAUCUGUCAGUGGAGAAGGCAGAGAGAAUUAGGAGCUUUUUCAGGGAUCCAAAGUUGUACCUCAGUCCCAAAAUAAAUUGAUAUACCAGACAAGAGUUUGGAGGUGAGUUCAGUCAUAUUUUAACAUUGCUUUUGCUGCCUACCCUCACCCUACAAUUCAUACGUUUGAUUAAACAGGCAAGCCUAAAAUUUUUAAAAAGUUUAAACAGUGGAACCUGCCAAACAUUUUUACAGACACUCACCCAAAGGAAAAGCUAAGAAAAAUUAGAAAAAAAAAAUGGUAGAAGAAAGUUUGGGUUCGGAUUCAACACAUAGGAGAAUGCAAGAGAAGGGAAUGUGUAAUAAAACUCUAUAACUAUAAGCAAGUGAAAAUUGAACACAAUAGCCGUUCCCAAUGUUAAGGGAUGGAGAAAGAAUCCAUAGCUCUUGCUGUUUCUAAUAUAAUAUACGUUGCUUAGGCUGUAAGGAUGUGUACUCAAGUUCAACUGUUGACUCAUUCAGAUUUGAAUCUAUAAAUAUUCAAAAUGCUUAGCUAGCUAUUGCCUGUGCAGCCUGUCGUUUGUUUAGAUUAAGUCUCAUUCCAUUUCCAGUACCCAAAGCCAAAGCCACUAAUUGGAUUUUUCUUGUAAACAUGGAUAGAUGGAGUAAACCCAUGUGAUCAAAUUUUGGGUUAGGUUGUAUCGUGGGUAGCUAUUUUUUCUUUUUAAAAAUUUGUACAGAAAUGAUCUUAUUGAUCUUUUUAUAAAAAAAAAUAAUAGUUUAACCAACCACAGUUUGACACAUUCUCUUUAUCCAGUAGAAAGUUCAAAUUCUCAUACUUCAUGUUUGUAUUACUAAUAAACUUCUAGAUAUAGUGUUUUCAUUGUUCAACAUCUGUGACCGCAGUGAUUUGGAAAAAUAAAAGUUGAAACCCUACCUCUUGGUCGACCUUUAGUCAUUUGAGUUAUUUGUUAGGUUUCUGAAGCCAUUCUGAUUUGUCAUUAUCUUUUCUUUUGAAAUAAUUUUAAUUUUUUUCAUCCAUAAAUAUUUUAUUUUGGUUUAUAAUUUUUUACAUGGUAUACACUGAUUAUGAAAUUUUGCAUAAAAUCAUCUCUGAGCUAUCCUUAAAUUUCAUUGUUUAUGAAUUUUACGAAACUAAUUAUGUUUUUAAAACUAGAUGGUAUGUGAUUUUGAAAACUUGUUUGGGUACAUAUUUAAUGAUCAGUAGUGUUUUCGAGCUUGACUUGAUUAUAAUAAAUCAGUGUUUUAUCAUAAUAAGUGAGAUUAUAAUAGUGAUAAUUUGUGUUUGGGAAGAAUAUUACUUUUGUUUGGAUAUAUGAGUUUUGUGUUUAGGUUGUAAAUUAUUUAAUUUGAAUAGUGUAGUUGUUUUUUAAAUAAUAAAAAAUUAGUAUUGGUAUCUUAAAUUUCAUAUUUUAUAAAUAGAAAUACAAACAUUUGUUUACUUGGUCCUUUUGAAAAUUUCAUAUUUUGUAAAUAGAAAUAGAAAUUAUUUAAUUGUAAAAAUGGCUUAAAUUUUAAUAUACAUUAUUCUUUGUCUACUUGGUUCUUUUGAAAACGUAUCUAUUCGUACGUGCCUAAAAUUGUUAUUGUUUUUUUCAAUAAGGAAACAGCCAUUAUUUUUGGAAUUAUGCAUCUAAACAGUAUUGAUACAUCUCCGAGAUGACCAAAUGGACAAAUAGUAUAGUUCACCCCACAGUAUAUAGUGUGUUACUGGAACAAAAUGGGGUGUUUAGUUCAACAUCCUCUCUUGAGUUAGUGAAAUUGACCAACAUCAAGUUUCAAUGUUGGUGAAAUUGAACAAACUUUGAUGAUUACUUUCAUACGGUCAACUUUGAUGACCAACUCCGAAUUCUAACAACCACCUCUGACGACCACCUUAAUGUGACCAACUCCGUCGAUUAAUUUUGGGCUUCAAUAAUCACCUUUGACAAAAAACUUCGACGAAAAUCAACUCAAUGACCAACUUUGGACUUUGACAACCACCUCCAAUGAGAAAACUCAUGGCGACCACCACCUUAACACGAUAAACUCUAACGACCAAUUCUAAACUCUAAUGACCACCUUUGACAGCAAGCUUCGACGAAAAUCAACUUCGACAACCACCUUUGCACAACCAACUCUAGGCUUCGACGACAGACUCCCACAACUAACUCUAAGAUUGCUAUCGUGUGAUCAACUUCUUGCUUUGACUACCACUUAUCCAUAAACUUACGAAAUUCACUUUGGAUUAUCAACUUCGACUGACCACCUUCAACUUUUAGCUCCAACAACCACCUCCAAUGUGAAACGAUUAAACUCAACGACGAUCACAUUUGGUGGCCAACUUUGACGAUCACCUUAAUCAACUAACUCCAACCACCAACUUUGUUGUUCAUCCCAACGAGUAAAUCUAAUAAAAAGAAGAAAAAAAACUUGGUUGACAAAAGUUUGUUUAAGUACAAAUUUGAAAUUAUUGGUUUACAGUGUUUGAUAGUUGUCUUUUACAGUAAACUUGAUAUUGUGAGAUUGUUUAGUGAUGGUUGGGUCAUUCUUAUGAACCUACUUGUUGCAAACAUCCAUAAGAUUGGUUACUUCUUAAGCACCACACCACAUGUAUUCUUGGGAUUUGGUUGGUAUGACUAACCAACUUAAUUAUUUUAAUGAAUAGUAUUUUUUGUAAACAAUAAAUUGAGUUUAUUUUGUUAGUACAAUAAUUGAGAAUGAGAGGAUUCGAACCACAAACCUUGUGAUUACUAGUACACUCGAAUAUCGAUUAAGUUAAAAGUGAAAAUCACUUGAUUAUAUAUACACACCCUAUUAUAUAUUUACUUUGUCGAAUUCAUUCAUCAAAUAAGAGAGUUUAGGAAAUAAUGUAUACAAUUGAAUGGUGGAACAAAGCCUUUAGCAAAAACAAACAAAAAUAACAAAUAACACACAAAAAAACCCAUAAAUGGAAAUAUUUUUUGAAACAUUUUCUAGGAAGAAUUAGUGAAAAGUGAAGAUAUGAUCUCUGACGAUCUUCCAAAUUUGGAGGAUUUGAAUGCAAAUUUUAUGAAGAAAUGCAUUGCCAUUCGAUUGGCUGCUAAUUAGGAUGGUGGGGGAGGAUACCAUUGAAAAAAACUCACAACAGAGAAGAAAAAAUACAGACCAACAAUAGGGGAAUAUUAAGAACUGACCUGACUUCUCUCUCUUUUUUCUAAUUUUAUUUAUGAAUGUUCGUGUAAGAAAUGUGGUGGGUUAAUUGUUAGUUCAUUCAGAAUUUAAAAGAUAUAUAUAAGAAAUAAUACAAUUCAUAUUUCAUCUAGACCAAUAUAGGUAGAAUUGUUCAAUAAAAAAUUGAAACAAUAAUAAUCAUCCUAAAAACAGAUUAUCUAGAAUUAAAAACCUACACAAGAUAUUUAUAACUCUAUAUACUCCAAAUGCAGACAUAAUAACUCACACAAAACAACCAUUACAUAUCAACUCUCCAAACAUAUAAGUUCUGCAUACAUAUAAACCUCAUAUAGCAUAUCUCAACUCAGUGCCCAUCAGCUUCACAAAGGGUUAAAACAACUCUUUUAACUCCCUUUUCACAAUAUACUUUCCAAACUCUUAUUAGCCUUCCACCCAUUUCAAAUGGGAGCCUCACCUGAAAAUUGUUUUGAGAAAUUCUGUCCCAAUUUCACCAUUCCCCCAUGCAAAUACUUAGAUAAAAUGAUUGGUUGAAUUUAUUCAGUGAAGUGUAUACCUAAAUAUGUAUCUGUUUGUUUUUGGAUAAAUUCUAUUUUAAUCCACUCUUAUUUUCUCACUUUGUACAUAAUCUUAUUUGUUUCCUAAAAAUAUGUUUCCUUAAUUUUAACAGUUCAUUUUGGAAAGAAAGAAGAAGAAUGUUUAGUUUUAUUUGUAAUAAAGUAGAUUGUGUGAUCCACUUUAGUUUAUGUUUGUGGUUGAAUGAAAAAUUGAUGAACCAUUAAAAAAAAACAAAAGGAAAUGCACAUCUAAAUGUGGUUACGUGGAUGUAUUUACGAAUUAAAUCCUGAUUAAUUAAAAUGGAUAGGACAUAUCAAUGUUAAACAAAACCAAGUCAACUGAAUAGAAUCCCGAUUUGAAUGGGAAAAUGGAACCUAAAAAGUAAAUGAAAUCAAUCAAGAGAUUUAAAAAGGAAAAAUAGAAAAGUAGAAAAAUAGUGGCUUUGAACGCUUCCACCUUCCCUUUUUAAUUUGUGAAUGAUGAUGAUUAUUGAUUAACAACAAAGGAGCUUUCCCCUUUGAUAUUGAAACAUUCAAAAGGCUCCCAUUGAUUGCUAAAAUUGUGAUUCACGCUUUCAUUGGAUUUUUCUUUUUAUCAACUUCUCCUUUGAAGUUUGACCCAUCAAUUUUCAUUUCCCCACAUUUUUUCUUCCUUCUUUCUUCAUUCCCAUUUCCCAUACUCAAUCAUACAUACUCUCUCCUUUCCCAUUUCAAUUGCUUCUAUUCCAAUGUUGGAUUUGCAAGAAUUCUUAUGGGCAUUUUCCAUUCUCUCUCUCCUUUUUUGUUCUCUUCAUGGCUUAUUAACCAAAGCCCUCCCCAUGGCCAUUUCUCUCUAUUCUCCUUCUUCCCCUGCUUUUCCUCCUCCUCCCCCUCCUCCUACUCCUACUCCUAUUUCUUGGCUUACCCAUAUGCUCCUCCGAACUCACAAUAAUCCCUCCCAACAAAAUGCUCUGCCUCCCAACAAAACACACGAGCAACCACAAGAUUACACCAACACCACCCUAAUUCCGCCCAAAAUGUUUAUGGAAGGGGCGGAUUCUUUAACAAUGGCGAAGCCUCUUGGGGCUUCUAAUAAGUUUAGGAAAAGACCUGCAAAGCUGGUGCUGCCGGAAUAUUGUCCUGGACCCGAAUUUUCAAAACUCAGGAAGAAAAUGGAGAUUCAGGAAUUCCAUGUCCAAGGCAGAGAUUACUGUUUGGCGACCAAGAAAGGAAGGCGAGAAACGUUGGAGGAUGCUUAUGGAGUUAUGCUUGAUAUUUGCGGAGAUUCCAAACAGGCUUUCUUCGCUGUAGUGGACGGACAUGGCGGUCGGGAUGCCGCCGAUUACGUGGUGGAACAUUUAGGGAAGAACAUCAUAAACGCUCUUGAGAAAAUUGCUGGUGAGGAAGAAAAGGCAAUCGAAUCCGCAAUUCGCAGGGGUCACAAACGCACAGACGAGGAGUUCCUUAGUCAGGGCGUCGGUAGUGGAGCCUGUGCGGCGAGCGUGCUGGUGAAAAACGGCGAGCUUCAUGUGGCAAACGUCGGAGAUUGUCGAGUAGUAUUGAGCAGAAACGGGGUGGCGACGCCAUUAACGAAGCAGCACCGACUGUGUCGAGAAGAAGAGCGGGUCCGGAUAGAGAAGUCGGGAGGGUUUGUGGAGUGCAAAAAUGGAGUGUGGAGAGUUCAAGGAUCGUUGGCGGUGUCGAGGGCCAUUGGAGAUUUGCAUUUGAAAGAAUGGGUGAUUUCAGAGCCUGAAAUUCAUCGUCUUCCUCUAACUCCUGAUUGCGAGUUCUUGAUAAUGGCGUCUGAUGGACUGUGGGAUAAGGUAAAAGAUCAAGAGGCAGUGGAUGAAGUAAUGAGGGAAAUGGGAGAUGAGAAGAAUAAUGAUGAAGGCAUGAAGGCAUGCAAAAUGCUAAUGGAAAUGUCAUUUAGAAGAGGAAACAUGGAUGAUGUCACAGUCAUGCUCAUCCAACUUCAACCCUUCUUCAUUUCCAUUUAGUUUAAAGUAAAUAUCAAAUUUAAUUUAACUUAUAUUAAAAUUAAUCAACCACUUUUGAAUUUAUUUUGUUCUUCAUGGUUUAUUAUUAUUAUUGCUGCAUCACACACACUUCCCUUGGCUAACAUAACAAGCCAAAUACUUUCAUCCCUCUGUCUACAAUUUUGUAGCAACUACACAUAAACACACUAUUUUUUUCCCCUUUUGUUCUUUUUGGGCUGUACAUAAAUGAAUUAAAUACUGUAUACUACCACACUGCCACUUCCAAAUGGGUGUUUUUGUUUAUUUUUA